GCAUUAGUCGUACGCUGAGUGUCGGCGAUGUUAGUUCACAGUUAUAAUUUGACUCUCGAAAAUAGUCACAGGAUAAGAUACAAUACCCCCCUCUACUCGACCGACAUCUACUUUAAACUGCUUUUGCCCACCCCCUCCACACACACAGAGACAGAGACAGAGAGAGAGGGAGAGGGACAGACAGACAUGGACAUGCGAAUGGAGCUGGAGAGCUAUGUGCAGUCGUCGCCAAACACCAAGCGCUUCGUUGUCGAGGAUUCGAUCACUAAGGUCACGUCGGAUGGAGAGCCGCAUGGCAUGAUGACCAUGGUGGCGGGCCUGUCCGGACUAUUGGCAGCGAUUAUCAUUCUGGCCGUGCUCGCCUCCAUGGUGGCCUGUCGCAAGCAGAAGAGCACCACCAGCAAUAACAACAAAGAGAACGGCAACAGAAGGCUGAGCAAGAAAUCGAUGAAUGUGGCAAUGACCAUUGUCGAGGAGCAGCCGCAGCUGGCGGGCAACCUAAAUGCAGCCUUCGCCGAGAGCACACUGACCCUCCAUGGCCAGGAUAAGUACAUGGACAAGGAUAACGACGACAGUCAGUGGACAGCCAACACGCCCACGUCCGUUGUGGUGGAGCGGUAUUAGACGAACGGAUGGACGUGUGACGUGGAGACGUGAUGCAAUGUGAACGCUUGAGACUGAGGCGGCGGUGGCGCCGCCACAUAGAUUUAUGCAUACCAUUUCAUAUUAUUAUUCGCUUUUUUUUAGUGGUUUGUUUAAAUAUAUAACCGUAGCUUUAAACCUUGUUC